GGCUCGAGCGAGAUUCGCCCAGUGCCACCCGCGCAACGCACACGAGGAUUUACCUACCGCCCGAAUACAAAACUAACCCGGUGCGCAUACUUCCGAGCAGGAAGAUGGACGCGGGCGUACGCUGACGUAUGCCCACCUUUCGCCAAUACCACUCUCGACUGUAGUUGUCGUUGCGCUGGAUGCAGAACGGCGGCCGUGUGACAUUUGAGUAACUAUGGACCGGCCAUUGACCACAGCAGAGGUUCCCCCGCAGUUCCUCAGGUCUGCUCUCCUCGUUGGUCACAUCCCCUAUCGAGCACUGGCUUCCGACCCGCGCGUCUCUUACGCCCUCCAUGUACCACCCCAGCACUAUAGAGGUGGUUCCGGAGAUGUCCCGGCCCCUGCCAAGCUUCCUCUGCUCGUCAGCGUGCACGGCACUGGGCGUCACGUCUACGAUAUAUACGACCUCGUCCCAUUCGCUGAUUCGACACCGUGUGCCGUGCUGACGCCCCUGUUCCCAACCGGCCUCGACCACCCCGACGAUAUCGACUCUUACAAACUGCUCCGGUCCAAGACGCUGCGUUCCGACCUCGCGCUGCUGUCGAUGCUGGAUGAGGUGGCGGUAAGAUGGCCGGGGAUAGACACGAGCAAGAUCUUCCUCGUCGGAUUUAGCGGAGGCGGGCAGUUCGCGCACCGGUUCCUUUACCUCUAUCCGGAACGGCUCGCCGCCGUCAGCGUCGGCGCUCCCGGGUGCACCACGGCCCUCGACGACCAGCGGGACUGGCCAUCUGGGGUGAAGGACGUCGAGGCCCUCUUCGGAAAGAUUAUCCAUAAAGAUCUCAUCAAGGGGGUCCCGAUACAAUUAGUCGUCGGCGACCUCGACGUCAAGGUCCACGGCGGCGACGAGUUCUGGGCUUGGGUGAAACAGAUCAAGGCCUCGCGCAAGAAGGAAGACGGAACAACUAAAGCCGGUAGCUCAGAACUACCGUUCAUGGACCGAGGCAGGCUUGAAACCUUGACGAACCUGCGUGAAUCGUGGAAUCGAGACGGCAUCGCAACUCAGUUCGACAUUGUCGAAGGAGUGGCCCACGACGCGAAGGGCGUGCGUAACCAUGUGCUCGCCUUCAUACAGCCGUGGAUACAGAAGAGGCGUUGCAGCGAAUGACCACCAUGCAAGGCCGGACGGUUUCAGGGACACCCCAUCCACACACUCUUCUGUUACUCGCGGAUAGACACAUGCCUUCGCUUCUGGUCAUUGGGGGCCAGUAUGCCGGGCCAUUUCCUUUUGGGGGUUGCCGCCGAGGACGAGAGGUAGUAGGCCGGGCGUGUAUUUUGUGUACGUUAGGAGUAAUUACAUUCCGGAGGUGUGCACUCGAGGGGAUGCCGAAAGAUACUGGGGGAUGGCAUGCUCGGUCCGAGAUCAGGGGAAGGCCCCCAGGACGGAAGGUCGCAAUAACAGCCGCUUGUCUAUUAGGUACCCAUCACUUAGAUAUGAGGUUAUCUACCUAGGUUAGGUAGGUAGGCCGACCUAACGGUAUCGUGAUAUUUGCCUACCUAGCGAUGGGCGCCGGUGGGAAAGGAGAACUUCAUAUGGGGUGUAGGAAUAUAACGAGAGAGAAAAGGGGGAGGGAGACAGAACACACAGACGUGAAUCAACUACCGGUGUUAUCAGUGUAAAAUAGAUACCUUACUUACCUGACCUACCCGGCCUAAUGUGCGUGCGAGAUCGAGAU